GUAUCGAGAAGGAAGAGCAGGAGUCGUGGACAGCCCGGAGAACAGGGACGGGAUAGAGGAGACUGGAAGAUUGUGCGCUUGAGUUUAUAUUAAGUUGAAUCACAAUUGAUUGAGGCGAUUGACCAAUCAAUCAAUCGGUCGACCGAUUAAUCGAUCGGUCGAUUAAUCAAUUGAUUGCAUGAACUGUUUACGCUGUCAAGCUAGACUCUCGAGUACCGGAUAUGGGUAGCAUGCUCUUAGCCUGCCAGGUACUAAGUGCAGGAAAGGAGAGCUGGGAGGGGCAAUCGCCAAUCGCCGAUCGAGGAUUCUCGAGUAUGGAGACUUGUCCUCGUCCAGGCCUUCAAGAGUGUUGUGGAUUGGGUGCAACAUGUCGAGGCAGUGGAGGAGCUAGGCAGGAAGCAAGACCGGGAACGGCGGGGGUGAACGUCCCUACCUUCCUUUUUGCUCUCUUCGGUUGUGAUUGCCUUACGGUGCUUACACCAUCAGAGGCAGUGGCCUGCCUGCCUGCUGCGUUGACAGUGAGUGGUGGCUUGUCCUACCAGGCAAAAAUGGAUGGUGGCGCCAGCCAAAAAAAAAAAAAAAUAGUGCCCUCAGUCCCUUGCUGACUCGUUCUUUUUUUGGGGUGUGCAGCAGCAAUCCGGGACUCGAAAAAGAGGCUUGGACAGACUGUUCAUUUGAACAUGCCGUCUCAUCGCCACAGUCUAUCGAAAAAGCAGUUUUUUUUCUGUCCAAGGAUCUCUCCUGUGGUCUUUGCUUUUUAAGCUGUGUUCUUCAAUCUCUGUUUUUUUUCUUCGCAGGAUCUAUUUCUAUGACUGAAUGGUUUUGUUCGCAUAUCCUUUGUUUUCAUCUUGUUUCUUUAUUUCUCUCUUUCUGUUGAGGGUUUGUGGGUGCAUAGAUUAACAAAAUUUGUCAAACAAGUUGACACAGUUUUUCUAGAGCAGUUCUAUAUCUUUGAGUUUUGAGGCUGUGGGACGAUUGGCACGCUAUGAGAUGGUGAAGCGGUUCGGCAUGCUGCGUGAAUGGUAGACUCGACAUCAACAUAGCAUCGUACACAUCGUCCUGCGGAAGAAGUGUGUGGCAUGAAGACCACCACCAGGGCUUUGACAGGUGGUUACGUAAUUGUGUCGAGCAGCGGUUUUCUUCUGCUGCUCAGGUCUUGAACGAGCACACGGCUGGCCGCAGCAGAUGCCAGCUUGAACGAGCACACGGCUGGCGGCCGCAGAUGCCGCCGAUUGGGCGGUUCUGAUGCUCAGCUCAAGAAAGAGCACACAGUUGGCCGCUGCAGACGCCGAUUGGGCGAUGGGCUUAACCGAAAGUCCAUACCCAAGACUCUCUGAUGCUCAGCUCAAGAAAGAGCACACAGUUGGCCGCCGCAGACGGCGAUUGGGCGAUGGGCUUAACCGAAAGUCCAUACCCAAGACUCUGAGAGCAAGUUGUCAAGAUACAGUGCGCAAAGGCAUGCAUUGUUGGUGAAGAAGGCUGCUGGGAUAUAGAGUUUGAAAGGUAGGGUGCUUGUUUCUUGAUAGGUCCAAGAACUGACCUCCUCACUGGCGCAUGGAAGGUCGUUAUGGAGUUCCCUAUUUCGUGUUUGAAUGAAAUAGAAAACAACGAAAGAACAGGCCUCGUAUUUGGGAGGCUUGGGGGAAGUGUGAUGGGGGGACAACUGCCGAUUGGAUUGGGCAAGUUUAAGUGUGGGGCGUCACUUCGGCACGUCACCCAUUCAUUUUGUCAACUGGGCUGUCGAGGCGUUGGGGUCCUGGCUGGGGUGCCAGUCACUCCAUUUCAGGUACCCUUGUUAAGGGGCUGUGAAGUUAGAACUCAGGUACCCUUGUCAACUCAAUUCAGGGGUCAUAAGUAAGGGCCCCCUUCUGACUAAACGCAGGGGGUUAUAAGGGCUUCAUAAGCAGGCGGUGGUUUUUUGGCGGACUCCAUUGAAUGGCUUCUUCAACCGAUCUUCAUCUGUUAAAACCGGAACCAUACAGAGAAAGAAGAUUAUUAGCAUGUCCCCUGCGCAAGGAUGACAUGCAUAAAUCGAGAAUGGAGCUUCCUCGAAGGCCCCCCCAAGGUCGGAAUUCAGGGGUGUCAGUGUCAGCAAGCUCUGGAAGAACAAAUGCAGGUACCCCAGGGGGCUAGAGGUAUCAUCAAGACCCCUAAAGCACUCGUUUUUUUCCUCUUGUCUCUUCAGGCAAUCGAUUCCGAUUAAGGUUAUGAUAACUCAGGGCGGUGAACUGAGGGAUUUGGGAGGGCUGUGAGGGUGGGGAACAACGGUCGUGUGUCGAGUGUGUUCUACACAAGGUACAAUUUCCAAUUACUCUCAGGCCCCUUCUUUUUUGGUUUGUUGGGGAGCGGGCAAGCUGUCUGAACAUCAGGUUGGUCUCUUGAGCUAGUGUAUAUAAAAAAAACACUGUAAUUGGUGAUAGGUGUUGCAUUGCAACACUGUAAUUGGUGAUAGGUGUUGCAUUGCGGGCCAGGCCCUGUAACUGGAAAGUGACGACUCUGAUGAGGAGGGAAGGAAGAUAGCUGUGGAGGAGUCAAAAAAAAAAAAAGCGGUGUUAGGAACUUAGGAAGCAAACGGAUUGAAGGGAGAAGUGAGAGGGGAAGUAAGAUGGAGGGAGAGUUGUCACGUAGAGUACGUCUUCGUCAUAUUGUACAUUUGACAUGGAUUGAAUUGGUUUCAGAACAUAAGCACGAUUGCUAUUUAUGGC